AGUUGCCCAACUUGGCGUCGAGCACGUUUCACAUGUAUAGUACUCUUUCCUUGUGCACACCAUCAUGCCUUCAUCUUCAGAACAAAGCUUCAGAUCAAAUCUCUCUCAGUUCCGCUGGGCAAGAGGCGUCACAGACGACUCUCAACAAACACAGCAACCACUCCCAUCAUCAAACCCAUUUCUCCCGCUUCUACAACGCCCUAGCAGGUGACUAUAUCCCUCUCAGAUCCGAUGAACGCUCCAACGAAGACGAGGCAUGGUUUGCUCUAUCCCGUUGGGAGAGACUGCUCGGGUUUGGUGCAUCCUUGUUAGGCGCAGCAGUCUGCUUCUUCGUCGCUUUCAUGACCCUCCCUUUCAUCGCCCUCAAUCCCGCAAAAUUUGCUUUGGCAUUUAGUUUGGGGAGCUUGCUCGUGAUGUUCGGUUUCUCAGUCCUCAUAGGACCAUUAAACCAUGCAAAACAUUUAAUUUCAAAAGAGCGACUACCAUUCACCCUCGUCUAUUUCUCAAGCUUGGGAUUGACCCUCUAUUUCUCCAUCAGCGUUCACUCGUACUUGGGUUCGCUACUAGCAGGUGUCGUCCAGGUAGUAUCUCUAGUAGCCUAUGUCUUGGCGUACUUCCCAGGAGGUACACAGACAUUACGCUUUGGUGGACAAAUCGCUCUUCGUGGAGCAGGAAGCCUGCUACCUUUCUGAGCAACAGUGAUGACAAAAACCCAAUCAACACGACUGUAUCCUCACAUACAAUACCUAAAUCUAGUGCUUGCUCCUUAUUCAUUCCCACGACGUCAAUCAAUCAAUCAUAGGCGCGGUGGGGUACUUUUGAAAACAACAAACAAUGACAACAA